GCGCGGUGGAUGGAGCAGGAGGGGCCGGAGUAUUGGGAAGAGCAGACACGGAUAGCCAAGGACGUCGCACAGACUGACCGAGGGACCCUGCGGACCGCGCUCCGCUACUACAACCAGAGCGAGGCCGGGUCUCACACCCUCCAGAGUAUGUGCGGCUGCGACCUGGGGCUCGACGGGCGCCUCCUCCGCGGGUAUCUACAGUACGCCUACGACGGCAGGGAUUACAUCGCCCUGAAUGAGGACCUGCGCUCCUGGACCGCUGCGGAUGAGGCGGCUCAGAACACCCAGCGCAAGUGGGAGGCGGCCGGUUGGGCGGAACAGAUAAGAGCCCACCUGGAGGGGACGUGCGUGGAGUGGCUCCGCAGACACCUGGAGAACGGGAAGGAGAUGCUGCAGCGCGCGGAUCCCCCAAAGACACACGUGACCCACCACCCCGUCUCUGACCAUGAGGCCACCCUGAGGUGCUGGGCCCUGGGCUUCUACCCUGAGGAGAUCACACUGACCUGGCAGCGGGAUGGGGAGGAGCAAACUCAGGACACUGAGCUUGUGGAGACCAGACCAGGAGGAGAUGGAACCUUCCAGAAGUGGGGAGCUGUGGUGGUGCCUUCUGGAGAAGAGGGGAGAUACACGUGCCAUGUGCAACAUGAGGGGCUGCCGGAGCCCCUCACCCUGAGAUGGGAGCCAUCUUCCCAGUCCACCAUCCCCAUCGUGGGCGUUGUUGCUGGCCUGGCUGUCCUAGCAGUUGUGGUCACCGGAGCUGUGGUCGCUGCUGUGUUGUGGAAGAGGAAGAGCUCAGUCCCCUCCCAGGACAUUUUCUUCCCACAGGUGGAAAAGGAGGGAGCUACUCUCAGGCUGCAUCCAGUGACAGUGUCCAGGGCUCUGAUGUGUCUCUCACGGCUUGAAAAGUGGAGUAGAGGCCAGGUAGACAACUCAGGAUGUGGCUCUCACAAAAGGAACACCUGUGAAUGCUGCUCUCUGACACCCGCCCACAGACUCAUUUCCCACUCACUUCUUGGAGCAAACUAUGGAAAACACAUUUCUGUAAUGUACACAUAAAGUCGUAUAUCUGGUAUUGGGGGCUAGUUUUAUUGUGGGGGUGGCCACAGAAGCAGGCUGGAACCUACACAUCCAGGAACAGAAUCCACAGCUCACCCUGGAUCAGGUCCCUCCUAAGAACAACUGCCCCUGCUGCUGAGCACAGACGCCACUGCUCACACCUCUGACACCUGGUGCUGGACCCUGGACCCUGAGGCCAGGACAGAUGUCGCUGCUGCACCUGGAAACUGGACAUCACUACUAUCACUCAGCCAUCUUUACUAAAAUGUUUUCUGCACAGUCCCAGCCUCUCUGUCACCGCAUUCUGGCUCAGAGUCUGGCAGUGAUAUAGGAGUGAAAGAGAAAUUAUUUAGACAGGUAGUGAGGGUACGGAAGGUUUUUAAUGAAAAGCAGGCUCCAAACUAUUUUCUUUUCUAACAAGGUGCAGCCUGUAAUAUCAAGCUUCAGACAUAAACAAGUAAGCUGGAAGCUUGCACGGGUGAAUGCCGGCAGCUGUGCCAAUAGGAAUAGGACACCUGGGACUGGGCAUGUUCACAAUGGCGACUCCAUCUUCCCUUCUCUUUGCCAGGCUCCUUCCUUACAGUAAGGAGCAGACAAUAUGGCGCCGGCCAAGUGGAAAGUCCAUUUGUAUAAUAGGAUGAGGGUGGGGUGAACAGCCUUCCACUUGCACUAUGUAAAUAUCACACCUGGUCCAACUUACCUGUGGGCCCUACAUAAAUCAGACACCAUCUCCUCAAGCCUGCCUGUAAAAUCCAAUGCAUUCCCACUCCAGGCCUGAAUUCCCUUUUGGGUGCCCCUCUCUCUCACAAGAAGAGAGCCGUUCCCCUUUGUCUUUCUUUUGCCUAUUAAACCCUUUGCUCCUAAACUUACA